AUGCGUUCCAGUGUGGAUGGACAAAUUGGAGGAGGGAGCACUGGCAGCAGUAACAAUAACAAUAACAACAGCAACAGCAAUGAAAACAGUGGAAACUCGGGCUCCCAGUAUGCACUCUGUGCCCUGGGGGUUGGGCUUGUUGCUCUUGGUAUCGUGAUGAUUGUAUGGAGUGUGGUACCAGCAGAUGCAGCUGGAAAUAACAGCAGUAGCUCCGGAGGACAUGGAGAUACUACUGGCAGAAAAAAUAAAGCAUCUUCCAUCGCGUUUGUCUUGGUGGGGUCCGGGGUGUUCAUGUUGCUGCUGUCUCUGUGUCUGGGGAUGAGGAACAAACAGCGGGAGCAGCUGAGGCUCCAGCAGGCUCAGAACCAUGGAGGAGAGCUGGCCAGGCAGCAAGUAGACAGAGAAACGUGAGUACAAUUGAAGCUCCACAAAAACACUGUAUUUGAAUGAUAAAUACUUUUUUAUAUAUAUAUUUGUAAGCAGAAAAUUAAACUGACAUCAAUUCAGCAGGUGGAUUUGAUUUUUAACUCUGCAAAAUAAUUUCUGAUAGGAAAGAGUUUUUGCACAAGAGCUAGUGUUGUACAAUGCUUAGCCCUACAUUUACAAUUAUAAGGAAUAUUAUGGUUGUGGUGCACGGUCCCAUGCGUCUUUGAAAAUCUGAUGCAUGACAUUUAAAAGUGGCUGAAAACAGCAGGCUUUUGUAUUUAGGAAGCUAACACAUCCAAGUGAUUUAUUUACAAACCCCAUUUCCAAACAAGUUGGGACGUUGGACAAAAGGUGAAUAAAACAGAGUACAAUGAUUUGCAAAUCCUUUUCGACCCAUAUUUAACUGAAUACCCAAAGACAAAAUAGUUACUGUUUAAACUGAUAAACUUUACUAUUUUUCUUUGAAAAUAUUCUCUCAUUUUCAGUCCAGUGUCUGGAACACGUUCCAAUAAAAAGCUGGGACAGGAACAUGUUUACUGCUGUGUUACAUCACCUUUCCUUUUACACUCAACACUCAAUAAGCCUUUGUGAACUGAGGACACUUGUUGAAUCUUUAGAGGUGGAAUUUUUCCCCAUUUUUGCUUGAUGAACGACUUUAGUUUCUCCAUAGGGUCUUCAUUGUCUUUUUUGUGACAAGUGUUUGUGAGCCCACGUAGAUAAAAUGAUGUCAGUUUUUUAAUGCAGUGUGGCCUGAGGGGUCAAAGGUCACAGGCAUUCAAUGUUGGUUUUGGGUUUCACUGCUAACGUGAAGAGAUUUCUCUGGAUUCCUGAAUCUUUUGAUGAUUUUAUAGACCGUAGAUGAUGAAUCCUAAAAUUCCUGCGAUUUUGUUUUGAGAGAAGUUGUUCUUAAACUCUUGGACUACUUGUUCAGGCAGUUAUUCACAAAGUCGUGAACCUCACCCCAUCUUGGCUUGUAAACAGCCUCUGCCUUCCAGGAAUGCUCCUUUUAUACCCAAUCAUGACAGUUAUCUGUGUCUAAUGAACCUGUCCACCUGUCAAAUGGUCCAAACUGGUGUUUUUACAGUUUUUCUCAGUUUCCCCUCUCUAUUAUUGCCCCAUCACAUUUUUGAAACAUGUUGCGGGCAUCAAAUUUAAAAUGGGUAAAUAUAUGUAUGUUUUUGGAAAAUUAAUCAAUAAAAAAGUCUGUUUCAAAAUCAAAUAUCAUGUUUUUUGUAGUGUAUUCAGUUAAAUAUGUUAAAAAGGAUUUGCAAAUUAUUGUAUUCUGUUUAUAUUCACAAAUGCACAACAUCCCAGCUUCAUUAGAACUUAGGUUUGAAGUAACCUUUUUGAUGACUAAUUUUGAGAUGUACCAAUAUUAAAGCUUGACAAGAUGGGGGCAGGCAGGCUCCCAGAUUAGGUCGACUUUACUUGAAAGAUAACACAGAGACUAAACUGUGUCAAAACAUGCUUCAAUUGGACAUUUAUAUGAAACAUGACAGUAAUAACAUAAAUAAUAAAAAAAAAUUAUUAUUUUAUUCAGUCACAGGCUCAGAUGAAGGACUUUGCAGUGAAUACAUAAUGAUUCAUUCAUAUCUGUAUGUUCUUUAUGUCUGCAGUGCUGAGGAACAGGCCCAGCGUUAUGCUGUACCCUCCUAUGAAGAGGCAGUAGGCAGUGGACAGUACCCUGUUCGUCAGAGUAAUCUUCGCCCCAGCACCUCCCAGCUACCCUCAUAUGAUGACCUAGUCCAAGUGGAUGGCGUACAGUAUGAAUGUGAGGGGUCAGAGGUCGGGAUUGCGGGAUCACAGCCUGCUCCAGCCUCUGGUGCACCAGUCUCUGGUGCUCCAGUCUCUGUUGCUCCAACUGCUGGUGCCUCCACAUCGAAUCGUAGACCUGGAAAAAACAACCGCAAACUCCUCCCUAUCAAGAUCCGCAGGAUUAAAUCUGAAAAGAUGCACAUGAAAAACAUUGAUAACUCACAACCAGCAGCUGGAAUCAGUAUAGAACCACUUACUCCACCUCCACAGUAUGAGGAUAAAGUGCCUCCAAUUUAA